AUGACAUUCGUUCCAAAAAAAAUGCCAUUGGCACGUUCUAAAAUGUCUGAAUUAUACAUAAAAGAACAUUUGAAGGAGGAAAACAAAAUAGAUUCUGUGCAUCCGGGUUUCACUUCUCUCAAGCACUUGUCAUAUCUGAAGCCUUUUGUGCACAAGUCGAUAGUUAGCCCUCUUCUCGGAACAUCAGAAUAUGCGCGUUUCAAUCUGGUGCCAAGGAAAUCAAUCUUAUUGGUGGGAGCAAAGAAUACGGGCAAAAGAUUCUUUCUAAAAUCUGUCUGUGUUGAGCACAACAUAAACUUUCUUGAGAGCUACAUUGAUAACGAGAAGGAUGUUAGUGAUGCAUACAGAAAGGCUUUGGAUAUGGAGCCGUGCCUGCUCUACGUAAGUAAUCAGCUUACGAACGAGAAAGAGAAGGUUCUGCACGAAAUAGAAAAGAAUGCUGAGAAAGUGCGUAUGAAGAAAAUUUUGACGGUUUUUUCCUGUCAGUCCAGGGCAUUUAUUGCUGAGAACAUUCCAAAGAUGGUCUCUGAUGAGAUUUCUAUGAAAAUACCAGAUGAAAACGACCGGAGAAAUAUCUUGGAGUCUUUUGUGCUCAAAAACUUUGAUAACAUCAAUUUCAGCGAACUUGCUAAGCUCACACCAGGUCACAUGCCCAUUGAUUUGCACAAUUUGUGUGUGUCCGCCGCAUCAUCAGCGAUUGUGAACAAUCGACAGGUCGAAAUAGAGGACUUUCUACAAAAUUUGGCCGGAGAGAACAAAAUCACACUUGAUGACAUUGGAGCGCUAUCAGUGGUUAAACAUGAAAUCGAAAUGAACAUUCUUUUGCCAUUGCAGUUCCCUGAUAAGUUUAAACGAAUGGGUAUAUCACGAACAUCUGGUAUACUGCUGUAUGGUCCGCCCGGAUGCGGAAAGACAAUGCUAGCUAGAGCGAUUGCCAACACGCUAUUUUGCAACUUCAUAAGUGUGCGUGGUCCUGAGCUGGUAAACAAGUAUGUUGGAGACACGGAAAAGGAAAUGAGAGACAUUUUUAAUAGGGCGAAGAAUCAGGAGCCAUGCGUCCUUUUUUUUGAUGAAAUCGAUUCGUUGUGCAGUCGAAGAACCGACAACGAUUUUCAGACACGUAUUGUCAACCAGAUGUUGACGCUUCUCGAUGGCAUUGAUGAUAAAGGAAAGGUGUUUAUUGUUGGAGCAACCAAUAGAAUGCAUGCUCUUGACAGUGCUAUUCUGCGACCAGGUAGGUUUGAUAAGAUCAUUGAGGUGCCGCUGCCCGCAAAAGACGAGCAGGUUGACAUCUUGAGGAAAUGUGUGAGAAAUAUGCCGGUAGAAUCUUUUGACCUAGAGGGAAUUGAUAUGGAUGGCUUCACAGGUGCUGAUAUUGCAGGAUUAGUCAGGGAAUCAGCGUUACUUGCUCUAAAAAGCGAUUUUAUGAACGAAAAGCUUGUGAUAGGUAAGAAACAUUUCCUUGCGGCACUGGAGGAUAUAAAGAGGAGGAAGAAGUUGUUUGGCUAGGAAUAAGAGGUUCAUAUUUUGGUUUACAGUGCGGCUUCCUCUUUCUUACUAUGAUAUCUGAUAGAUGGUAAUAAAACCUUUAAUAUUCCAA